AAAUAUUAUUCCCGUUGGAAAUAGAGACAAAUUAUAGGCACACACCCAUAUAAUUACAGGUUGUUUACCUGCUGAAAUGAAUACAGUGUAGCGAAUACACCUGUUGGAAUUUGGCACUGUACAACUUCAGAGAAUUAUAACCUGUAGCCUAUUCCUUUUGAGUUCCUUCUAGCCAGACGUGAUCAUUGACGAUUCCCUCUCCACCGCAAAAUGACGCACCCAGGGAUUCUCCAGCAAAGCGGAUUGGGGAGCCGAAACAUGUCCCGUCAGCGGAUUUGAACUGCACGGGAUUUAGAUCUCCACAGGGAUUUUUUAAAUUAUUAUAUUAUUUACAUGUUUAUUAUUAUAAUUUACCAUUAAGAAACUCCGAAACGUGUAAUUCUUCACCAUGGGAAUCUCAGAACUACUUGACAAACUUCGAGAUCGCGCAGAUACAUUUCUAAAUGAGAAAAACAUAGUGACAGAUUUCCUUGGGAAACUGGAGGAGAAAACGGGGAUCAAGAAAAAAUGUUUUGCCGUAGGUGCAGUGUCUAUGACAGGACUGUAUUUGGUAUACGGCUAUGGCGCCUCCCUCCUCUGUAACAUGAUUGGUUUUGUGUAUCCUGCAUAUUACUCAAUCAAAGCCCUCGAGGGUAAAAACAAAGAUGAUGACACAAAAUGGCUGACCUAUUGGGUGGUUUACGGAAUCUUCAGUGUGGGGGAAUUCUUCUCCGACAUCUUCCUUUUUUGGUUUCCUUUCUACUAUGCUUUCAAGUGCUUGUUCUUGUUGUGGUGCAUGGCCCCCGUUACAUGGAACGGCUCUCAGAUCCUGUACAACCGGGUGGUGCGACCCUUCUUCCUCAAGCACGAGGCCACUGUGGACAGCAUGGUCAAUGACCUCAGCGGGAAAGCCAUGAACGCAGCCGAGUCCGUCACCAGAGAAGUCCUUCAAACACUGGUGAAAAACAAGACUAUGCAACAAGCAUCAGAGACAAAAGGCUUACCCAGCACAUCAGACUCACCUGUAUGUAAAACAAACUGUUUAUUUUCAUAACAAACUCCUUAUUACUUUAUUUCCUUGGUCCCUAGUUACUCCCUAACAACCCUCCAGCUCAGCUAACAUAGUCCCACUAUUAGUUAACUUGCACGUUAGCUGUGCCUGCGAGUUGUUUCCCUUAGAUCAUGAAAAGGGCUUACCAAGAAAAACUUCCAAAAGGACACAUUUGUGGCAGAAAGGAGUUGCAGCACUCAACAAGAGAUUCAUUUAUUAUUAGCUCACUUUACUCAUUGUUCAGAAUGAGCGUCAGGUGACUGAUCUCAUCUUGAACAAUGGUUCCCUUUCUCGGCUCAUGACACUCCCAUUGCUAAUGUGAAUUAAUAAACUUAUGUACAUAUUAUGUAAAUUGAAAAUCGUCCCGAUAUCUCCACUCCAAGUCUCUUCAAUGAGAAUAGGCCCUUAGUCCUUUAGGAAGUUUUUCUUGGCAAGCCCCCUUUUCAUGAUUUUUGUCAUUUUGUUGUAACCUUAUGCAAACCAUUCCUUCAUUCUAGUCGCCUGUCAGCCCCUUAAUGAACAUAGCCAUAGAAAAUCAACAAUUGUAUAUCUAAUUUUAUUGCUAUUAUUUGUCAAAAACAGAAGAUGAAAACAUUCGGUGGGAUUGAAAGUCAGAACACUAUUGAAAGUGCUUGUCAUUGUAUGGUGCAAGUGUCAAACCCCUCAGUCACACUGUGGACCACUAUUUUCUCCCCUUCGGCUGGUAAAUGUUGUUGAUGUGUCCUGAGCAAUUCCUCUGUAGAGUCAUGCUGAAGUUAAUCGGGGUGCUAACAAACCAAUCGCUCUCCUCUGUGGACAAUGGAUACUGAUAAUGCUGCCAUGAGUAGCAAAGUUAUUUUUCUCUUUCUGCAAGCCUUGAAUGUGGGUGUAUUGUACAUUCAGUUUUGUGAGUGGCUUGUUGAAGGAAAUGUAGUAGCAAGUGCAGCCUCAACACAAAAUAAGCUUUCAAAUAUGGUUCGUCAGAAACUUUAUCACAGCAACCACAUGGUGAGGUCUGGAUUUGAGGGCUGUUUUCUGAAGAAAGAAAACAAGGACAUAAAUCAGCAAAUCCCGCUUGUGAGAAGAACACAUGCCGGGACUAAAGCUUCUCCCAGGCUUCCCUCCUCAGGGUCUUAUCUAGAACCACUACAAAGGCCAUUACCUAAGCUGUGAAAAGAGGUAGUCGACUAUCGGCCAAUUAGCCUAUAUUUCAAGGAUGCUAAACGUAUGCUUCCCACUGCUUUGUUUCCCUUUCAUAAGAUGGUUGUGAAGCUCUUUUGAAAGUAAUUCCUCCUCAUUGUCUUGUCUGGUCCUAUUCUAUGUCUGUUCAUAAGAUGAUUCAUGAGUUGACCUACAAUGAACCCAAAGUAGACUAAUGGUAAGUGACACGCAGUGAUACUGUGUGUACACAGGAUUACUCACUGUAUUCACCUGGUCAACCAUAAGGGCAGUGGCUGGAUCUUGUGGCAUAGAUAGAUUACUAAUUGCAUUAAGCAAAAUACCUAACCUCUUAAAAGCAUUGUUCACUCCAAAAGUUUGUCAGAUGUUUUCAGACUUCCAAAGUUGUCUUAUGUCGAUAUGAGUUCAUGUUCCAUGACAUCAUUGUGUAGAUCCAGCUAUGCCUCAAUCGCAAAUGAAUAAUAGAGAUAUAGACAUGGUCUACUUUCGACAUAAGACUACCUUUGGGAUCUGAAAGUAUUUUACAAAAUUAGAUUUUGUGAACUAUGAGCAACUUUGAGUGAACAAUGAGCAACUUUGAGUGAACUAUGAGCAACUCUGAGAGAACAAUGAGCAACUUUGAGUGAACUAUGAGCAACUUUGAGAGAACAAUUAGCAACUUUGAGUGAACUAUGAGCAACUUUGAGUGAACUAUGAGCAACUUUGAGAAAACAAUGAGCAACUUUGAGUGAACUAUGAGCAACUUUGAGAGAACAAUGAGCAACUUUGAGUGAACUAUGAGCAACUUUGAGUGAACUAUGAGCAACUUUGAGUGAACUAUGAGCAACUUUGAGAGAACAAUGAGCAACUUUGAGUGAACUAUGAGCAACUUUGAGUGAACAAUGAGCAACUUUGAGUGAACUAUGAGCAACUUUGAGAGAACAAUUAGCAACUUUGAGUGAACUAUGAGCAACUUUGAGUGAACAAUGAGCAACUUUGAGUGAACUAUGAGCAACUUUGAGAGAACAAUUAGCAACUUUGAGUGAACUAUGAGCAACUUUGAGUGAACUAUGAGCAACUUUGAGAGAACAAUGAGCAACUUUGAGUGAACUAUGAGCAACUUUGAGAGAACAAUGAGCAACUUUGAGUGAACUAUGAGCAACUUUGAGUGAACUAUGAGCAACUUUGAGGGAACAAUGAGCAACUUUGAGUGAACUAUGAGCAAGUGUCUUUCAUUAUAUUUACAGAUCCACAGGUAGAGGCAACAUCUCAGUGAUGGUACUGAAGACAGCAAACCAAACCAUGCCAGAUUCACCGGAAGGACUUUGGUUUCCAUGUUGACUUGCAAACUACUGAACCACUUAUACUUGAUGUCCUAUGGUGGGAAAACGAUUAAACAAAUCUGACAGAGAUGGGAUACCAUUACACAGACAGAUAACGGGACAGGAAAAAAACAUAGCCAAGUUAAAAUAAUGCCGCUUCAUAUCGACCAAAACCAUUGCAGCUGAAAAUCACUUCACAGCCGCGUGGUCAUGUGUCUGGUCAGUUGAAUGCUAUGCAAUGUCUGAUAUUUUGACCUUCUCAUCACCUGAUUAGAGUAACUGAAUUUGUCUGAUAUGUCUUUGCUUUACAAUCAAUGUCCUUGUCUUCCGAUAAGGGAGUGUGUGGGCUCAAUGCUUCAACAAUAGGCACAGUGUUCUAGUCUUAGACUUCUUUGUUUUUGUUUUCACAUACUUCAUUGUGCUGAAUUGAAUAUUUAUUCAUCGUUGUCUUUUGUUUAUUUUUUUUAUUUGAACAUGUUUUUUUUCUCUUUUUGUCUUGUAAAAUUGUAUUAUAGUUAGAUCUAGGCUGUAUUAAAUUGAAAUUGCCACAUACCUCUACUGUAAGUUAGAUUUUAAUGCAGUGGGUCUUGGAAUCCUAGUGAGAUCAUUUUCCAAUGGUAAAUACUGCUACUAUGUAUUUAACCAAUAAUUUAAAUGGAA